UUCUCUCUUGUGUUGCCUUUAUCAGGCCAAGGCGUAAAGAGCAAUGCGAAUAGCAGAAGUCGAAGAGAUCGUGAUGGAAAAUAUUGACAAGAAUAUUGUACUGAAAGUGAAUCUCAAUUGCUGUGAAGAAUGUCCAAAGAAACUAGAGAAAGCAUUGUUGAAACUGACAGUAGGGGUGUCUUCACUGGCCAUAGAUACAGAAAAAAAUCUUUUAUCAAUCUCAGGAACAAUGGAUUCAGAUACCCUCAGAAAACUUAUUUACGUAGAGAUAGGGAAAAAAGCAAAAGUUGUAUUUUGCGACACAAACAAUGUUGGGGAGAAAAAACCAAACACCACAAAAACUAUGGGAGAUGGAGAUUCAAAAAACGAAAGUAACUAUCAUUUUAACGGGAAAAUGCAUAAAAAUUGCUGCUACUGUUUAGAUGGAAAGUGUCACAAGACAAAGGAAAAUAAUGAGCAUAAAUGCGAAGCUUAUGAAGGACCCCCCAAGGUUAAAGAUUUUGUUUGUAGGAAGGGAAAAAUGCAUAAAAGUUGCUGCUGUUGUUUAGAUGGAAAUUGUCAUAAGACAAAGGAAAAUAAUAAGCAUAAAUGCGAAGCUUAUGAAGAACCCCCCAAGGUGAAAGAUUUUGUUUGUAGGGAUUAUUUUAAGGGGAAAAUGCAUAAAAGUUGCUGCUGCUGUUUAGAUGAAAAUUGUCACAAGACAAAGGAAAAUAAUAAGCAUAAAUGCGAAGCUUAUGAAGGACCCCCCAAGGUGAAAGAUUUUGUUUGUAGGGAUUAUUUUAAGGAGAAAACGCUUAAAAGUUGUUGCUACUGUUUAGAUGGAAAUUAUCACAAGACAAAGGAAAAUAAUGAGCAUAAAUGCGAAGCUUAUGAAGGACCUCCCAAGGUUAAAGAUUUUGUUUGUAGGGAUUAUUUUUGCAAAAUCCAUCCAAGAAGUCUAAAAAUUACUGAUCGUGUGCCUGCAAACGAAAGUAGUGCCAGCAUGUUGGAUCAUUUUCCUGGGCAUUACGGUGGACCAAAUCCUUGGUAUCCUAUUAGAAGCUCUUAUUAUCCGCGGUGGUACCCAGAGCAGCUACCCACUCGAUACAGGUAUUUUCAUCCGCUGACGAGGCCACAACCCCCCUAUGGCUAUGGUUUCUAUUAGAGAAGGUUUGUUCCUACUCACAAAGAUACAUUUAUAUUUCCUUGAUGCGUGUUUUAUACAUUUUCUUCCAUUUCAUUUUCAGAGAUUUUCAGUUGCUUCUAAAUAUUAUUAUUGCUUA